GACCAACGGUCGCGGGAAGUCCUUUGCCACGCGCGUGAUAGGAAGAGGACAACUCUUGACUCAUUCAAACUUUUUUUUUUUUUUGGUAAACAGUGGUAUGGGUUUUUAUUGCGGAAAGACGUGUUACUGUGUCGGUGAGUAAUCAGCAAGGUAGUGACGGAUACCGAUACUCGACUGGACCCGGUAGUUUUAGUAUUUGUUUUUAGUUUAAGACCGACUUCGGACGUUGUUCUUACGGUGAAUACUAGCUUACUAGUCCGGGGCCAUUUCUCGGCGUUGGAUGGGCGUGUUGGAGUUAGCAAACAAGUUAGCUUUUUCUGGGAUGUUAACGGAGCUUUAAGCGUCUCACGGUAGUUUUUUGGACACUUUUUUGAGUCGAUACCUUUAUUUCAAGGUAGUUAAAAGUUUACUAGCUUUGUGUUUUUUGGCGAGAAGACGCCACUGCAACAGUAGCGGGGGUCCAACCGCGUGAUUUUUUUCACGUCGACGAAGCCGGGGUUUAAAUCCUGAAAAUGUCGAGCUACGGUCGCCAUCGGCACGGAUCCCCGUCCCCGAAAUCUCGACCGAUUCGUCAAAAGUUACAGUUUACAUCCAGCGACGGGGAAGACGACCCCAUUGAGGACGUUAACAACAGCACCGGAGGAGAGUCCGGCUUCACGGAGAUGGAUUCCCCGAUGCCAGUGCGACGGGACACCGUCGACAAACGGCUGGAGGGGAGCAGCAGCCCCCUGAACCGGUCCGGCGGGGACGACGACGUGGAGCUCUGGGACGAGGAUAGUUUUGCUUCCCCGUCUCACCUGCGGUCACCGAGCAGUGUUAUCUUUGCCAACUGCUCACCGUCACCGAGGAAAGCUUCUCGGCUGUACGGAGGGUCACCGGAGCGGUCCUACGUCCAGGACGACGGGGAAGGAUCCAGCUCCCCGAUCCCAGACUGCCCCGACACACCUCCACACAAAACCUUCAGAAAACUCAGACUUUUUGACACACCGCACACGCCAAAGAGUUUGUUGUCCAGGGCCAGGAGCUCUGGACCCGGAUCCUCCAGCAGGAGAGUUGCCCUGUUCAAGAAUGUGGAGCCUUCAGGAAAGUCAAUCACAGACAGCAGCCGGAGACAGCAAACCCCUCUGGUCAACUUUAACCCCUUCACCCCCGACUCCCUCCUCAUCCAGUCUGCCACACAGCAGAGAAACAACAGGAAGCGGGCACACUGGAAUGACUCCUGUGGAGAAGACAUGGAGGCAAGCGAUGGUGAGGGAGAGGAGGAAGUCUUGCCACCGCCCAAGAGAAUCACCAUGAUGGAAAGCAACAUGAUGUCCAGGUACACCUCAGAGUUCCUCGAGCUGGAGAAGAUCGGCUGUGGCGAGUUUGGUGCUGUGUUCAAGUGUGUGAAGAGAAUCGAUGGCUGCAUCUACGCCAUCAAGAGAUCGAAGAAACCUCUGGCAGGAUCAGUAGACGAACAGAAUGCCUUACGGGAGGUGUAUGCCCACGCCGUGCUCGGCCAACAUCCCCACGUGGUGCGUUACUACUCAGCCUGGGCUGAGGACGACCACAUGCUCAUCCAGAACGAGUACUGCAACGGCGGCACGCUAUCUGACGUCAUCGCAGAGAACUAUAGACGGCUCAGUUACCUGUCGGAGCUGGAGCUGAAAGAUCUGCUGCUGCAAGUCACACGGGGACUCAAGUACAUCCACUCUACUUCUCUGGUGCACAUGGACAUCAAGCCCAGCAACAUCUUUAUUUCACGGAAGUCUGUAGCCAGCUGCGAUGAAUGUGACGAGGAUGACGGACUGACCACCAGUGCUGUCUACAAGAUAGGUGAUCUUGGCCAUGUGACAAGAGUGAACAAUCCACAAGUGGAGGAGGGUGACAGCAGAUAUCUAGCCAAUGAAAUUUUACAAGAGGACUACAGUAACUUGACGAAGGCGGACAUCUUUGCUCUGGCUCUGACUGUUGUCAGCGCCUCGGGGGCGGAGCCUCUUCCCACCAAUGGAGACAAAUGGCAUGAGAUCCGACAGGGCAAACUGCCCCCCAUCCCCCAAGUGCUUUCUCCUGAGUUUCUCGGUCUUCUCAAGCUGAUGAUCCAUCCCGAUCAAAGCAGACGGCCGUCAACGUCUGACCUCAUCAAACACCCGGUGCUCCUCACUGCUGCCAGAAUGAGUGCCGACCAGCUCAGAGUCGAGCUCAACGCAGAGAAGUUCAAGAACGCACUGCUCCAGAAGGAGCUGAAAAAGGCCCAGAUGGCCAGAGCUGCAGCAGAGGAGAAGGUCUUGUCCACCGACAGGAUCCUGACCCGCUCCACAGUCCAGUUGAACCCCAGAACCUCCAGACUCAUCGGCAAGAAGAUGAAUCGGUCGGUCAGCCUCACCAUCUACUGAGACUUUAUUCCACCCUGACAGGAAGGGAAACACGAAGGCUCAUGGACCUUUUUAAACAAACCCGUUGAGAUGAACCGGUCUCUUUUUUUUUUUUUUUUUUUUUUUUUUACUUUUCGAGGAGAACCCUCUCAAGUUGUGGUGUUUGGGCUCCUCCGCCCAAUCAAAGGUGUGAACUGUUGCCACACCGAACUGGAACUCAUCUCGGUAGACUCUCGUUGCCAACAUAGUUCAGCCCUUUUUCCGAUGGACUUUUUUUCUCUCUCUCUCUCUUUUGGGGGGGAAAAAAAAGAAACUGUCACUCCUCAAAGGUAGUUAUUGUACCUUUUUCACACUCUGUCAUUCCUUAAGUUUGCAUAGACGUCAGGCUCUCUCUCCGUUUCUGUCCUUGCACUUCCCUCGACAAAGCCGAAGCCUGUUAGCAGCGGAUCGAAGCCGCAGUGAAGCUCUCUUCAGUGUGAGUGAACUUGCCGUAGCCGUGCGCACCUUACUGCCUGUCAAAUGCCUGAUGCUGGGUACCAGAGGGUCUGAGAUCUGACGAUUUCUGCGUCUGUAAUGGAGCACUUUGGAGGCAACACGUGGACCUUGCCACAUUUUUCUUUUACUCUUCGUCUUUUUUUUUUUAAUUUUAUUUUAUUUUUUAAAGAAAUAAAGAAAAAACCUGCUGCUAUUGAUGUUUUGUGUGUAUCAGGGUUUGGCCAGUUUCAGGUUGGAUCGUUCUAGAGGUCAUUGGCUCUUAUUUUCGAGUAGCAGGAUGCCGUCUCCCCUCCCCCUCCCCCCCAUUUAAUGUCUGUUUUAUGUUUCUGGUGGAAUGGAAAAUGGAUCAUGCCAUUUGAGGAAAAUCAUCCCAGUUUGUUUGAAGUACCAAAACCAGUGAGCCCAUUAUCUGUGAGGUUGAUCCAUAGUGUUUUAAUUUUCCCUGUUGAUUGGUGCUGCCAACCCUGCCUGUAGCAUUAGAACAAUCAUUGUCCUGUUCUUUGGAUUUUCACGUGUUCAUUUUUUAUUAUUUUUCCCCCUUCCAUGAGGCUCGUUUUCAAUUACUGUUUAGAAAAGUGUUCCUCAUCUUGUUGUUCUUGUAACCUCUAACACAAAAAGCCUUUCUGUUGUAUCCUGUACAUAUGUUCUUUUAAUAAAUUCUCACCAUCUACA